CAAGACAGUGUCCCCCACAGCCAUCUUGUGCCUGUCGCCACUGCCCUGAGGCAGCUGAUGUGAGGAGACCCCAUUUCUGCACUCCAUAGUGGUGGUCUUAUGCUGACUGACUUCCUCCAGGCUCCUGUGAUGGCUCCCUGGUCUCCCUUCAGCCUCCACCUGCUGCUGCUGUUCCUGCUACUGCUGCCCUUGACCAGGGCCCAUCGCUUCUCUGUACCAAAUACCAGCUUCAACCACCUGGUGCUGGCACCAGACCAGGGCAAACUCUAUGUGGGUGCAGUGAAUCACCUCUUCCAGCUCAGCCCUGAGCUGAAGAUGGAGUCUGUGGCUGUCACUGGCCCUGUCGUUGACAGUCCUGAUUGUGUGCCUUUCCAUGACCUGGCUGAGUGCCCACAGGCCCAGCUCACUGAUAAUGCCAACCAGCUCUUGCUGGUGAGCAGCAGAACACAGGAGCUGGUGGCUUGUGGGCAAGUGAGGCAGGGUGUAUGUGAGAAGCGGCACCUUGCAGACGUGACUCAAGUGUUGUACCAGGCUGAGGACCCUGGUGAUGGGCAGUUUGUGGCUGCCAAUGCCCUGGGAGUGACCACAGUAGGCCUAGUGGUGCCCUUGCCAGGCCGAGACCUCCUGCUGGUGGCCAGAGGCCUGGCAGGCAAGCUGUCAGCAGGAGUGCCACCCUUAACUGUGCGGCAGCUGGCUGGGCCACAGCCUUUCUCCAGUGAAGGUCUGGGAAGACUUGUGGUGGGUGACUUUUCAGACUAUAACAAUAGCUAUGUAGGGGCUUUUUCUGAUGCUCAUUCUGCCUACUUUGUGUUCCGUCGCCGUGGGGCUCGGGCCCAGGCUGAGUAUCGCUCCUAUGUAGCUCGUGUCUGCCUCAGAGAUGUCAACCUUUAUUCUUACGUGGAAAUGCCACUUAUCUGCCAUGGCCAGGGCCUUAUCCAGGCUGCCUUUCUUACUCCAGACACCUUGCUAGGUGCAUUUUCAGCAGGCACAAGUCAGGCACAGGCAGCCCUGUGUGCCUUUCCCUUAGCUGACCUGGACAGGAGGAUGGAACAAGCCAGGCGACUUUGCUAUACUACUGGUGGUCAGGGUCCCAGCGGCAUGGAAGAAGCCACUGUGGAGUAUGGUGUCACGUCCCGUUGCGUAACACUGCCUCCUGACUCCCCCGAGUCAUACCCCUGUGGUGAUGAACACACCCCCAGCCCCAUCGCAGGCCGCCAACCACUGGAGGCCCAGCCUCUGCUGCAACUGGGACAGCCCAUCAGUGCAGUGACUGCUCUCCAGACAGAUGGGCACACGAUAGCCUUCCUGGGAGAUACCCAGGGCCAGCUACAUAAGGUGUUUAUAAACAGCUCACAUGGCCAGAUAUACCAUUCCCAGCAAGUGGGGCCCCCAGGCUCAGCCAUCAGCCCAGACCUGCUGGUAGACAGCAGUGGAGACCACCUCUAUGUCCUGACUGCCCAGCAGGUAGACAGGAUACUUGUGGCAGCCUGUCCUCAGUUUUCUAACUGCACUACCUGCCUCCAGGCCAGGGACCCACUAUGUGGCUGGUGCACCCUUCAGGGCAGGUGUACUCGGAGAAGCGAGUGUGGACGGGCGGCUCAGCCAAACCAGUGGCUGUGGAGCUAUGAAGACAACCACUGCCUUUACAUCCAGAGCCUGCUACCAGCCCAUCACCCACGUCAGGAACAGGGCCAGAUCACUCUAUCUGUUCCUCGGCUGCCCACCCUAGCCAUGGAUGAAUACUUCCACUGUGCCUUUGGGGACUAUAACAGUCUAGCUCAGGUGGAAGGGCCCCAUGUGGUCUGUGCCACCCCUCCUCAAGAUCAGAUGCCACCUAAUCCUAUAGGCUCAGAUCAUGUCACCUUGCCCCUGGCCCUGAUGUUUGAGGAUGUGGUAUUGACUGCUACCACAUUCUCCUUCUAUGACUGCAGCGCUGUUCAGGCCUUGGAAGUGGCUGCCCCGUGCCGCACUUGUGUGAGCAGCCUGUGGCGGUGCCACUGGUGCCCCCAGAGUAGCCACUGUGUAUAUGGAGAGCACUGCCCAGAGGGUGAAAAGGCUGUCUACAGUGCCCAGGAGUUCCAACCCUCUAUGCCUCAGUGGGAGCUCUCAGUGCCCAUCUAUGUAACCAGGGGUGAGAUCCAGAGGCUGGACAAUGCCGGUGAUCUUCAUGUGACUCUAUAUGACUGUACCAUGGGUCACCCUGACUGCAGCCACUGCCAAGCAGCCAAUGGGAGCCUGAGCUGUUUGUGGUGUGGUGAUGGCCAGCCUGCCUGCCGCUAUGGGCCUCUCUGCCCACUAGGUGCUGUGGAACAGCUAUGCCCUAUACCCAGCAUUGAUGUGAUUGAACCCCUGACUGGUCCCCCAGAAGGUGGCUUGGCCAUUACCAUCCUGGGUUCCAACUUGGGCCAGGCCUUUAAUGAUGUGCGAAAUGCUGUGACUGUGGCUGGCCAGCCCUGCAACCCUGACCCUUCUCUCUACCGCAUCUCUGCCCGGAUUGUAUGUGUGACAUCUCCUGCUCCCAAUGGCACUGCUGGGCCAGUCCAAGUGGCCAUUAAGAGUCGUCCUCCUGGUAUCUCAACCCAGAACUUCACCUACCAGGACCCAGUUCUGCUGAGCCUGAAUCCUCAGUGGGGCCCCCAGGCAGGGGGCACCCAGCUCACCAUCCAUGGGCAGCAUCUCCAGACAGGAGGCAACAUCAGUGCCUUUGUGGGUGACCAACCUUGCCCUAUCCAGGAGCCUGUGUGUCCUGAAGCCAUCAUAUGCCAUACCAUGCCCCAGACGGAGCCAGGAGAAGCAGUGGUCCUUGUAGUCUUUGGCCAUGUUGAACGCAAACUGCUCACCACCCCUUUUCGAUACACUGCCAACCCCCAACUGGUAGAAGCAGAGCCUAGUGUCAGCUUCCGGGGAGGUGGACGAAUGAUUCGAGUCAGGGGUACAGGCUUAGAUGUUGUGUGGCAGCCCUUGCUGUCUGUGUGGCUAGAGGAUGAGCCCAGAGUGAAGGCUUUGGGGAUUCAGGCCCAGGAUGUGAACCAGAGGAGGAGCUGUGGUGCCCCUGCUGCAGAUCCCCAGGCUUGUAUUCAUCUUGAGAGUGGCUUAGUACAGUGCUCCACCCUCUGCUCUGUUAACUCAUCCAGCCUCCUCCUGUGCCACAGUCCAGCGGUGCCGGAUGGGGCCCUCCCAAAGCGAGUCUUCUUUGUCCUAGACAACAUGCAAGUAGACUUUGCCAGUGCUAGUGGGGGCCAGGGAUUCCUAUACCUGCCUAACCCUCGCCUGGCUCCACUCAGUCAUGAGGGGAUUACUCAUCCCUACCACCUCAAGCCAGGCCAUGUCCUGGAUGUGGAGGGUGAGGGCCUCAAUCUGGGGAUCAGCAAGGAGGAGGUACAGGUGCAUAUUGGAGAUGGAGUGUGCCUGGUGAAGACGCUGACACUUACUCACUUGUACUGUGAGCCACCACCACAAGCCCCUCAGCCCACCAAUGGUUCAGGCACCCUGCCGCAGUUUGUGGUGCAGAUGGGCAACUUGCGCCUGGCUCUAGGCCCUGUCCAGUAUGAAGCAGAGUCCAUGAUGUCCACCUUUCCUGUGGAGGCUCAGGUGGGCCUGGGCAUGGGUGCUGCUGUGCUGAUUGCUUCAGUGCUCCUCCUCACCCUCAUGUACAGGCACAAGAGCAAGCAGGCCUUGCGAGACUAUCAGAAGGUGCUGGUGCAGUUGGAGAACCUGGAAACUGGUGUGGGUGACCAGUGCCGCAAGGAGUUCACAGACCUGAUGACUGAGAUGACAGACCUCACCAGUGACCUAGAGGCCAGUGGGAUUCCCUUCCUGGAUUACCGAACAUAUGCUGAGCGUGCCUUCUUCCCCGGCCAUGUUGGCUGCCCACUGCAGCCAGGGCUCGAGGGGCCUGGGGAAGAGGGUCACAGUGUCACCGUGUGCCAGGGUCUCACACAACUCUCCAAUUUGCUCAACAGCAAGCUCUUCCUUCUCACACUCAUCCACACCUUAGAGGAGCAGCCAAGCUUCUCCCAGAGGGACCGCUGCCAUGUGGCUUCACUACUUUCUCUGGCUCUGCACAGCAAGCUUGAGUAUUUAACGGAUAUCAUGAGGACUCUGCUUGGUGACCUAGCAGCCCAUUAUGUACACAAGAACCCCAAGCUCAUGUUACGCAGGACGGAGACUAUGGUAGAGAAGCUGCUUACCAACUGGCUAUCUAUCUGUCUCUAUGCCUUCUUGAAGGAAGUGGCUGGUGAGCCACUGUACAUGCUUUUCCGGGCCAUCAAGUACCAGGUGGACAAGGGCCCCGUGGAUGCUGUGACAGGGAAGGCAAAACGAACUCUGAAUGACAGUCAUCUGCUACGAGAAGAUGUGGAGUUCCAGCCCCUGACCCUGAUGGCACUGGUAGGACCAGGGGCUUGUGGGGCAGCAGGAAACAGUGAAGUGCAUCGAGUGCCAACCCGGGUGCUUGAUACAGACACCAUCACCCAAGUCAAGGAGAAGGUGUUGGAUCAAAUCUACAAGGGAACCCCCUUCUCCCAGAGGCCUUCAGUGCACUCCCUAGACCUUGAGUGGCGAUCAGGCCUAGCUGGUCACCUAACCCUGUCAGAUGAGGACUUGACCUCUGUUACUCAAAACCACUGGAAGAGACUCAACACCCUACAACACUACAAGGUUCCAGAUGGAGCAACAGUGGUACUCAUUCCUCAGCUGCACAAUGGUGGCACUGUCUCCCAGAGUCUGGGCCAAACUGGCUGUCCUUCUGGAGAGAACACUCCCAUGCUGGAAGAUGGUGAGGAAGGUGGAGUUCGGCUCUGGCACCUGGUAAAGGCCACUGAGGAGACAGAAGGGGCUAAAGUGCGGCGCAGCAGCCUUCGAGAACGAGAACGGUCACGAGCCAAAGCCAUUCCUGAAAUCUAUCUUACUCGCUUACUUUCAAUGAAGGGCACCCUGCAGAAGUUUGUGGAUGACACCUUCCAGGCCAUUCUUAGCAUGAAUCAGCCUGUGCCUAUUGCUGUUAAGUACCUAUUUGACUUUCUGGAUGAGCUGGCAGAGAAACAUGGCAUUGAAGAUCCAGAGACCCUGCACAUUUGGAAGACAAACAGCCUACUGCUGCGAUUCUGGGUGAAUGCCUUGAAGAACCCACAGCUCAUCUUUGAUGUACGAGUGUCAGACAAUGAGGAUGCCAUCUUGGCUGUCAUUGCACAGACCUUCAUCGAUUCCUGCAUGGUCUCAGAGCAUAAAGUGGGCCGGGAUUCCCCAGUGAACAAACUGCUCUACGCCCGGGAGAUUCCUCGCUAUAAGCAGAUGGUGGAGAAGUACUAUGAGGACAUUCGCCAGAGCUCUCCAGCAAGCUAUCAAGAGAUGAACUCAGCUCUGGCUGAACUCUCUGGGAAUUAUACCUCUGCUCCCCACUGCCUGGAGGCUCUUCGAGAACUUUACAGCCACAUCCACAGGUAUUAUGACCAGAUUAUCAGUGCCCUGGAGGAGGACUCUGUAGCCCAGAAGAUGCAACUGGCUUGCCGCCUGCAGCAGGUCGCUGCCUUGGUGGAACACAAAGUGACUGACCUGUGAAUUAGGGCCACAGUGAUUAUCCGAGACCUGCCAAUUUAUAGAACAGUGAGCAGGAUCUACCCAAAAGUACCAUAUGACCCUGACUAAGCAGUGACUGAGGAGGGGUCAGCAAGGCUAUCUAGAGCACCUACUGCACCCAUCAGCUUGAUUCAAAUUUAGAAUAAUCCCUACCCUCUUUCCCACUAUAUUUAUUUGCUUGCUGGAAAGUCACAUCUGGAAAUAAAGUAGAAACACAUCUUUUUAAAAACAAUCU